AUGAGCACCCAGAACGACCUCAAUCCCGUUCUCGACACCCUUGUGUAUCUCACCUAUGAUUGGCUAGUCGGAUUUAUUGACGCUUUGAAAACAUACCGAGCAGCGAUCGGAAUACCCCCACCACACCCAAACUAUCCUCUUCCCGUAGAAUUCCCCUUUGGUGGUCUCACGGAGGUAUUUCACUGGGUUCAAAUCUUCGACAACACGACCCAGGUGGACCGCAGCUUCCGUGUUCGCAUGAGACUCUUCGAAGGAAAUGCAGAUCGCUGGGAGCCUCUCGUCUGGACCAUCUACAGUGGGAACAUCACUUUUGGCUCCGUGGAGUUGGACCGUCGGAUCUUCGUCGACCAAUCGGUUGUGUCCGUCGAUCCCCUCUUCAUCCUCGAAGGAAUGGCCGAUGCCGUUAAACGUCGCACGAAACUCAUCGUGUCCAGUCGUAUCGUCAUGCGCGCCAAGGUGGUCAAUGGACAACCGAGUACGAACCCCGAUCAAAAUUACUGGUACGAACUGUUUGAAGUUCGGACGGCGGCGUCGGGUGAGUUCGUGAAGGAACUCGGACGGAGAAUGAUUUCUCGUCCUAGAUUCUGUCCCCAGUGUCGCGUGUGGGUUCCACAUGCUGGCCCACCGUAUUGCCUCCAGCAUCUUUCGUUACAGUAA